CGAGCCUUCUAGCCUGUACGAGUGUACGGGUACAGCCGAGCGAGCUGAGAGAGUGAAAAUAUGGCCGACAGCGUGCGUUUUUCGGAGUUGUUGGCAGCGUAAGACUCUCGCGUGUCCCAGUGUCUCUGAUAGGAAGUGCGUGCGUGGCGUGCGUACACGCGGAAAUGAAUCCGGCGUGUCCGCCGCGAUAACGUGCAGCUUGGAACGGAAGUGAUUCUCGGAUAAACUGGAACCUUUCGAACGUAAUAAUAUGGCGAGCCCCUCGCCGCAGUCCUCGCCGAUGCCACCACCGCAAGCACCUAGCCCCAUGGGCCCUCCGCAGCAGGCGCCGUCCCCGUCUAACGCGCAAGGCAGUCCGAUGGGACCGCCGCAGCAUCAUCCUCACAGUCCAACUCAGGGCUAUCAAACUGGUCCGCCGAUACCACCGGGUGGACCGCCUAUGUCGCAACAGCAGCAGCAACCACCACCUCAACAACAGAGCUAUUCACCUCAUCCACAGCAGAUGCCACCUAAUAUGGGUCCACAGAAUCAAGGUCCAGGCGGCCCAGUCGUACAAGUACCUACCUCUCAAGGUCCGGGAGGACCAAUGGUGCCCGGACAAAUGGGUCCGAAUGGGCCACAAAGUGCAUCUCAUAUGAUGCAAAGUGGUCCGAAUCAGAUGAGUUCUAACGGACCCGGUCAAUUGGGUUCUGGGGGACCAGGACAAAUGGGCCCUGGAGGACCUGGACAAAUGGGACCAGGAGGUCCAGGACAAAUGGGUCCCGGAGGACCCGGACAAAUGACGCCAUCUCAUAUGGUACAAGGAGGUCCUCCUGGUGGACCUCAUAUGAGCCAGGGUGGACCAGGACAAAUGGUUCCGACUACUGGACCUGUUCCAGGAUCUCAGAUGAGUACUGGAGGGCCUCAAAAUUCUCAAAUGGUUCCUGGAGGACCCGGAUCCGGACAUAUGGGGGGACCUCCAAGUCACAUGAACGCAAGCGGUCCACCAGGACCAGGUCACUUAACACCUGGUGGUCCUUCCGGACCGGGACAUAUGGGUGGUGCUGGACCUCCAGUAUCAGGACAUAUGAAUGCUAGCGGACCACCUGGAUCAGGACAUAUGAAUGCGAGUGGUCCUCCUGGAUCGGGACAUAUGAAUGCGAGUGGACCUCCUGGAUCGGGUGGUCAUAUGAACAGCGGUCCACCGAUUCCAAGUCACAUGAACGCGAGUGGUCCUCCGGUAUCUACACACAUGAACGCUAGUGGUCCAGGAAGUCAUAUAGGUCCUGGUGCUCCUGGUCAGAUGCCCGCAAGUCCUACUAUACACAAUAUGGGUCCGAAUCAAAUAGGUCCGGGUGGUCCAAAUCAGAUGAUGGCGAACAGUCAAACGCAAAUGGGACCUAGCGGGCCGAUGGGCCCUAUUGGGCCAACAGGUCAAAUUGGACCGAAUGGACCUGGACAAAUAGGUCAUAAUGGGCCAUCACAAAUGGGUCCAAACGGCCCUACACAGAUGAGCAUGGGUGGUCCGCCCGGACAAAUGAAUAUGAAUGCACCGAGUGGACAAAUGGGACCCGGCGGACCCAAUAAUCAAAUGGGACCUGCAGGAGCAGGUAAUCAAAUGCAAGGACCAAACGCGCCAGGCAAUCAAAUGGGACCUGCUGGUCCAGGACAAAUGGGGCCAGGAAGCGGUCCCGUUGGCCAAUUAGGACCGAAUACUCUUGGGCAAAUGGGUCCUGGAAGUGGUUCAGGAAACGUACCAAUGACAACAAGUAGUGGACCUAUAGGGCCUAAUGGACCUACCGGAAUGGGUAUAGUCAGUGGACCUGGUGGACAAAUGACUUCCAGCAGCGGCCCUGGAGGACAAAUGGGCACAGUAGGUCCUGGAAGCAAUUCCGGAGGACAAAUGGGUCCAGGAAACGGUCCUGGAGUGCAAAUGAAUGCUGGCAGUGGACCUGGCGGUCAAAUGCCCGGCGGCGUACCUGGACAAAUAGGACCAGGUAGUGGACAAAUGGGACAUGGUGGUAGUGGACCUGGAAGUCAAAUGGGACCAGGAAGCGGACCUGGUGGACAGAUGGGACCAGGCAGUGGUCAUACUGGUCAAAUGGGACCAGGACAAAUUCCAUCUAGUGGUCCAGGACAGAUGAUGCAAGGAGGUCCAGGUGCUCAAAUGGGCCCGAAUACUCCAAGCAAUCAAAUGGGACCUGGACCGAAUAGUCAAAUGGGACCGUGCGGUCCAAAUAAUCAAAUUAGUCAUACAAACGCGAGUGGACAAAUGGGACCUAACGGACCGAAUGUUCAACCUCCUACUACUCAAAUAGGUCCCGGUAGUCAAAAUCAAGGUCAAGUACUCGGCAACACAACACCAUUAGGAGCUCCAGUAAAUCAAAUGAGUCAAACUGGAAGUGGUCAAAUUGGCCCUACUGGACCUGGUGGACCUACAGGGCCACCCGGAUCGGGACAAGAAAACCUGAAUGCACUUCAAAAAGCGAUUGAUUCAAUGGAAGAGAAAGGGUUGCAAGAAGAUCCACGAUAUUCUCAAUUGUUAGCCUUAAGAGCUCGUCAAGGCAGUGGCAUGGGCGACAAGCAAGCCUUUAAUACACAACAAUUGCAACAAUUGCGUGCUCAGAUAAUGGCAUACAGAUUGUUAGCAAGAAAUCAGCCUGUACCUCAACAAGUUGCAUUAGCUGCUCAAGGUGGCGCGCCUCCUCCUCCAGGGAUGGGUGGUCAACGCCCCAUAGAUCCGUCUCAAGGCCCUGUUACAACAGCUGGGCCACAAAUACCAGGUCCGAAUGUUAUUGGUCCCGCAGGUGCUCCUAGACCGGGCUGUCAAACUCCACAACAACAGCAACAGCAACCUCAGUCUGGCGCUAAGGCUAACAGAGUGACUAGUGUAGCAAAACCCGUUGGAUUAGAUCCGUUAUUAAUAUUGCAAGAACGCGAAAACAGAGUUGCGGCCCGAAUAUCGCUUAGAAUGGAGCAACUUACCAAUUUACCUACAAACAUGCCAGAAGAUCUUCGUAUACAAGCUCAGAUUGAAUUACGCAUGCUAAGGGUAUUAAAUUUCCAGAGACAAUUAAGAUCUGAGAUUAUAGCAUGUACUCGGAAGGAUACCACUUUAGAAACUGCUGUGAACGUGAAAGCUUAUAAACGUACGAAACGACAAGGACUGCGUGAAGCCAGAGCUACUGAAAAAUUAGAAAAGCAACAGAAAUUAGAAGCAGAACGUAAACGAAGACAGAAACAUCAAGAAUUUCUUAGUUCUGUAUUACAACAUGGCAAGGACUUUAAAGAAUUUCAUCGCAAUAAUGUUGCAAAGUUGGCUCGACUUAACAAAGCAGUGCUUAACUAUCACGCAAAUGCUGAACGGGAGCAGAAGAAAGAACAAGAACGCAUUGAGAAAGAGCGUAUGCGUCGUCUUAUGGCGGAAGACGAAGAGGGAUACAGAAAAUUAAUCGAUCAAAAGAAAGAUAAACGUUUAGCAUUCUUGCUAUCCCAAACGGAUGAAUAUAUUAGUAAUCUUACCGAAAUGGUUAAGCAACAUAAAAUGGAGCAAAGGAGAAAGCAAGCCGAAGAACAAAAGCGUAAGAAGAAAAAGAAGAAAUUACAAGAUGGUGAAAGUGCUGAAGAUGGCGGAGUUAAUGAUGAUACUCGUGUUGGUGUAAUAGAAACGAUUACUGGUCGCACAUUAACCGGUGACGAAGCACCACUAAUGAGUCAAUUAUCAGCCUUUUUAGAAGCUCAUCCUGGAUGGGAGCCAAUCGAAUCAGACAGCGAAGACGAUGACGAUGAUGACGAAGAUGAAAAUGAGAGCGAAGAUAAAUCUGAUAGCAAAGAUAAAUCAAUGGGUGAUUCUGAAGAAGAAAAAGUAAAAAAAACAAUACAUAAAGCAAAAGUUGAAGAUGACGAAUAUAAUACGAAUAAAACAGAAGAGCAAACGUACUAUAGUAUUGCUCAUACAGUUCACGAGGUUGUUACUGAACAAGCAAGUAUUAUGGUGAAUGGAAAGUUGAAAGAAUAUCAAAUUAAGGGUCUGGAAUGGUUAGUGUCAUUGUUUAACAACAAUUUGAAUGGCAUUCUGGCAGACGAAAUGGGUCUCGGUAAAACAAUACAGACCAUUGCUCUAGUAACAUAUCUCAUGGAAAAGAAGAAAGUCAAUGGUCCAUUCCUUAUCAUCGUUCCAUUAUCGACAUUAUCAAAUUGGGUUCUUGAAUUUGAAAAAUGGGCGCCAAGUGUUGUUGUAGUAUCGUACAAAGGUUCUCCAGCUGGCAGAAGAGCGAUACAAUCUCAGAUGCGAGCUACAAAAUUCAACGUUCUUUUGACAACUUAUGAAUAUGUCAUAAAAGACAAGGGUGUAUUGGCCAAAUUGCAAUGGAAAUAUAUGAUUAUUGAUGAAGGACACAGAAUGAAAAAUCAUCACUGUAAACUUACCCAAGUCUUAAACACACAUUAUUUGGCUCCUCAUCGGUUACUGUUAACCGGUACACCAUUGCAAAAUAAAUUGCCCGAACUGUGGGCUCUUCUGAACUUUUUAUUGCCUUCGAUCUUUAAAUCCUGCAGUACAUUCGAACAGUGGUUUAAUGCUCCCUUUGCGACUACUGGAGAAAAGGUGGAGUUAAAUGAAGAAGAAACUAUUUUAAUUAUUCGUCGUUUGCACAAAGUAUUGCGGCCUUUCCUAUUAAGACGUUUAAAGAAAGAGGUAGAAUCACAAUUACCUGACAAAGUGGAAUAUAUUAUCAAAUGCGAUAUGUCUGGCCUACAAAAAGUUCUUUAUAAACAUAUGCAAAGUAAAGGUGUAUUACUAACCGAUGGAUCGGAAAAGGGAAAGCAAGGAAAAGGUGGUGCCAAAGCUCUUAUGAAUACAAUCGUACAACUAAGAAAACUAUGCAAUCAUCCAUUCAUGUUCCAAGCUAUAGAAGAAAAAUACUGCGAACAUGUAGGCACACAAGGUUCCGGUGUUAUUACUGGCCCCGAUCUAUAUCGCGCGUCUGGAAAAUUCGAACUUCUUGAUCGUAUUCUUCCCAAAUUGAAGGCUACGAAUCAUAGAGUAUUACUGUUUUGUCAAAUGACUCAAUUAAUGACAAUUAUGGAAGAUUAUUUAAGUUGGCGAGGAUUUAUGUAUUUACGUUUGGACGGUACAACGAAAGCUGAAGACAGAGGAGAUCUAUUAAAGAAAUUUAACGAUCCGGGUUCGGAAUAUUUUCUCUUUUUACUAUCCACACGUGCUGGUGGUCUUGGUUUAAAUCUUCAAGCUGCUGAUACAGUUAUUAUCUUUGAUUCUGAUUGGAAUCCUCAUCAAGAUCUGCAAGCUCAAGACAGAGCACACAGAAUUGGACAGAAGAACGAAGUACGCGUACUUCGAUUAAUGACUGUUAAUUCUGUUGAAGAACGAAUAUUAGCAGCAGCCAGAUAUAAAUUAAAUAUGGACGAGAAAGUUAUUCAAGCUGGUAUGUUCGAUCAGAAGUCCACUGGCUCUGAGCGACAGCAAUUUCUUCAGAGUAUUUUACAUCAAGAUGAUGCUGACGAUGAGGAAGAGAACGAAGUGCCCGACGACGAAACUGUAAAUCAAAUGAUUGCUAGGUCAGAAGGUGAAUUUGAAACAUUUCAGAAAUUAGAUUUGGAACGGCGACGAGAAGAGGCCAAAUUGGGUCCAAACCGUAAAUCGCGACUACUAGAAGAAGCCGAAUUGCCCGACUGGCUUGUAAAGGAUGACGACGAAGUGGAAAGAUGGACUUAUGAAGAGGACGAGGAUAGAUUCCUUGGAAGAGGUUCAAGGCAACGUAAAGAAGUUGAUUAUACAGAUAGUUUAACUGAAAAAGAAUGGUUGAAGGCAAUUGACGAUGACGGGGCUGAGUAUGAAGAGGAAGAAGAAGACGAUAAGAAGAAGAAAAAGACACGAAAACGAAAGAAGAAAGGCGAGGAGGAUGAUGAGCCUAUGCCGAAGAAGCGUAGAGGUGCCGGGUCUUUGGUUGAUCCUAAAAUGAAACGGGCUAUGAAGAAACUAAUUACAUUAGUUGUUAAUUAUACCGACAGUACUGAUGGCCGAUUAUUGAGUGAACCUUUUAUGAAAUUACCUUCACGAAGAGAAUUACCAGAUUAUUAUGAAAUCAUUAAGAAACCUUUGACUAUUAAUAAGCUAUUGCAGAAAAUCGAAGAGGGCAAAUAUGCUGAUUUAGAUGAGCUUGAGAAAGAUUUUAUGCAACUUUGUAAGAACGCUCAAAUUUAUAACGAAGAAGCAUCCCUAAUUCACGAAGACUCGAUAGUGUUACAAUCCGUUUUUACAAAUGCACGUCAACGUCUCGAAGAGGAAGGUAAUAAUUCGGAUGGAGAUGAUAAAGAUGGUGAAGAUGGUUCAGAUGCGGAUUCUAGCGUGAGAAUGAAAAUUAAACUAAAAGGAAGAAAAGGUGAGGGAAGAGGUGGUCGUAGAAAAAGAGUUACUAAAAAAUAUAUAUCCGACGAUGACGAUGAUGCCGAUGAUAAUUAAAAAGUGAUACUUCUUUGAAACUGAAACUUUUUAAAAGGAUAACUUAAUUUAAGUAUUUAAUUGAAUUAUCUUAAUUAUAUUAUAAUAUCCGAAAUAUAGAAGUACAACCCCAAAAAUGUGCUUUUGAAUCUUUGAAAAUUUAUAGCUGAUAAAUCUGUGUGCUAAAGAUUUCGAAGAAGAUUCAAAGCCUGAACAUUAUACUUUUAAAUAAAAACAUGAAAUCUUAUAAAAGUACAAGAAUUGUAUGUAACUUUUGAUUAUGCUGUGAAGUACUACUGUAUCACUGUAAACUUUUAAUGUUAUUAAUUUUUAUAAUUAAUGAACUCGGAUAUUGAAUGAUAAAUAUUGAAUAUAGCAUAUAUUAUCAUAAAUUUACUUAUAUAUAUAUUGACAUAAGAGCAGACAUAAUGUGUUGUAACUUUUAUUUCGGAUUUUACAAGUAGCGAAUA